AUGGGGGGAGCCCCAAGGCCUCUCGCCACAGCCCCAGUCCAACUGGCUCACCUAGGGGCAGAAGCCGCCCCCGCAGUUUCAGCCCUCCACCUGCAGCAGCAGCAGGGCCGUCUUCUAGGGCGGGCAGCAGAAGCGGGUCUCCCCCUCGCAGUAGCAGAGCUGUAUGCCCCAGUCCCCAAUCGGGCAUGCGGCGGAGCAGCAGCAGCAGCAGGGAAGUGUCUCAAGAGAGACGCAAAAGCCGCAGCAACUCCCCUGCUGUCCUCAGCAGAACCAGCAGCCAUCACUCGGAGCGCAGAAGCAACAGGAGCCGCAGCAACAACAGCGAUGCUGCGGCGAGCAGCAAGAGGUUUGUUGCGAGUGAUAGAAGCCGAAGCAGCAGUAGCAGGAGAGAAGGCAGCAGAGCCAGCAGCACAGCACCGAGUGCUGCUGGCGGCAACCGCAGUCGCAGCAGAAGCGGGUCUCCCCGCAGCAACAGAAGCAGCAACAGUAAAAGAAGCAGUAGCAAGGGAAGUAGCUGCAGCAGGCAAGGCAGCGGCAGUCCAGCAGGGAGCCACAGGAGCCGCAGCGAAGGGACAGAAGGCGGUGCUGCAGCAACCAGCAGGAGCCCCAGUGGAAGCAACCGAAGGAGCAGCAGCAAACGGAGUGACCGCCCGAGCAGGAGCCGCAGUGGGAGCAACGAAAGCAGCAAAAGCAGGCAGAGUGCCGAUGACAGCAGGACCGUCAGCGGCAGCAGAGCACGGAGCAGGAGCCCCAGUGGCAGCAAGAGGAGCACAAGCCCUGCCGGCAGCGACAAGAGGAGCCCUGACGGCAGCAAAGCAUGCAGCAGGAGCCGUAGCGGCAGUAACAGAAGCAGGAGCGGCAGCAAGGAAGGUAGCAGGAGUCGCAGCGGAAGCAACAGAAGCAGAAGCUGUAGCGGCAGUAAAGGAGCCAGCAGGGGCCGUAGCGGCAGCAGCCGAAGCAGAAGCCCCAGUGGCAGUACCAGCAGAAGCGGUAGCAACGACCCCAGCGGUAGUAAUAAGAGCAGGAGCCCUAGUGGCAGCAACAGAAGCAAAAGCCCUAGUGGCAGCAACAGAAGCAGAAGUCCUAGUGGCAGUAACAGAAGCAAAAGCCCCAGUGGAAGCAACAGAAGCAAAAGCCCUAGCGGUAGCAACAGAAGCAAAAGCCCUAGCGGUAGCAACAGAAGCAAAAGUCCCAGUGGAAGCAACAGAAGCAAAAGCCCCAGUGGGAGCAACAGAAGCAGAAGCCCCAGUGGAAGCAACAGAAGCAAAAGCCCUAGUGGCAGCAACAGAAGCAGAAGCGCCAGCAAGGAAGGCAGUAGGAGACCCAGCGGCAGCAACGGAAGUAGAAGCCCUAGCGGCAGCAACAGAAGCAGAAGUCCCAGUGGUAGCAACAAAAGCAGAAGCCCCAGUGGAAGCAACAAAAGCAGAAGCCCCAGUGGGAGCAACAAAAGCAGAAGCCCCAGUGGAAGCAACAAAAGCAGAAGCCCCAGUGGAAGCAACAAAAGCAGAAGCCCCAGUGGCAGCAACAGAAGCAGAAGCCCCAGUGGAAGCAACAGAAGCAGAAGCCCCAGUGGAAGCAACAAAAGCAAAAGCCCCAGUGGAAGCAACAAAAGCAGAAGCUCCAGUGAAAGCAGCAAAAGCAGAAGCCCCAGUGGGAGCAACAAAAGCAGAAGCCCUAGCGGCAGCAACAGAAGCAGAAGCCCCAGUGGCAGUAAGAAGAGCAGGAGCGGCAGCAAGGAAGACAGCAGGAGCCGAGCCGGCAGCAACGGGAGCAGGAGCAGCAGCAAAAGCAAAAGCAGAAGUCCUAGCGGCAGCAACAGGAGCAGAAGCGGCAGCAACGCAGCCAGCAGGAGCCCCAGCAGUACGAACAGGAGCAGGAGCGGUAGUAUGGAAGGUAGCAGGAGCCCUAGCGGCAGCCAGGCGGGGAGUAGAGUCCCAAGCGGCACCAAAAGUAGAAGCCCGACCGGCAGCAACGCAGCCAGCAGGAGCCCCAGCGGUAGUAACAGAAGCACAAGAGAGAGCAAGGAAGGCAGCAGAAGUCCCACUGGCAGUAACAGAAGCAGGAGCCGCAGCAACAGAAGCAGAAGCGUUAGCAAGGAGGGCAGCAGGAGCCCCAGUGGCAGCAACAGAAGCAGAAGCCCAAGCGGUAGCAAUAAGAGCAGAAGCAGCAGCAGCAACAGCAAAAGCAGAAGUCCUAGCUGCAGCAACAAGAGCAGGAGUGGCAGCAGAAGUAGAAGCCCAAGCGGUAGCAACAGGAGCAAAAGCCCCAGUGGUAGCAACAGGAGCAAAAGCCCUAGCGGCAGCAACAGGAGCAGAAGCCCCAGCGGACCCCACAGGAGCAGCCGGCAACAAGCGCAGCAGCCGCAGCAGCAGCCGUAGCAGCAGUGGCAAACGCAGCAACAGCAACGGGAGCACCAACACUCGCAGGUCUAAUAACAGCAACCCGCCUGUUGGCAGUCCGCGCGCUAGCAUUAAGGAUGGGAGCGAGGGCCGCAGCAGCAAAGCCAGCAACAGAAGCAACAGCAGCCGCAGCGCUAGUGGCAGCCCUGCAGCAAGAAGUAGCAGCAGCCGCGGGAGCAGCCCCAAGAGCAGCAGUGAAAUAGCAGACCGCAGCAGCAGGCGGGGCCGCAGCAGAGGCAGGCGAGACGCAGCAACGAAAAAAGCACCAGUGUCAGCAUCAGGGAGGUCAGGCAAGUCUCGCGGUGGUAGCAGCAGCAGGAGCUGCAGCAGCUCUCCAGCAGUGACCAAGAGGCACAAGAGUGGGGAAGCUGCAGCCGGGAAGAGCAACAGCAAAACUUCAAAAGGCAAGGAGACUGGCGAAGAGACGCAAGUACACCCAAGGCGCGGCAUGCAUUCACACAAUGGAAGCAAGGGAAAGAACCCGGUAGCAGCAACUGCUGCUGCUGCUGCUGUACCAGGGGCCAAGGCUGAUAGGAGGGCAUCGGGAGGUCGUGAGGGACAGAAGAAGGACAUGGGGAGGAGACAGAGGGCAGGAGAGGAUGAGCCGGAGAACAAACAGCAGCAGGUGGUGGUGGAAGAACAGAAGAAACAGCCAAAGGGAGCUCAAGAGACAAAGAGUACCAAAGGCAAGGCUAACGCCAAGGAAAAGAAGGCAAAAGAGGCUGCAGCAGAUGGCCAGCAGCAGUUGAAUGGACAGCAACAGCAGCAGGAGCAGCAGGGAGAUGGCCGCAGCAAACGCAGCAGGGCGCAGCAGAUGGAAAGCCAGCCGGCUGAAGACAACGAACCGAAGACAACCUUGGAGACUGCAGGAGAGCAGAAGCGAAGAAAGUUCGAGACAAAAAAAGACAUCUCAGUCGAGUUCAUAGAGGUAUCUGCUGCUUAUCUAUUUUCGCUGCCUCCCGGCUUGGAGCUUCAUGAAGUGUAUCAGAACUCCCUGCCCAUGGAUUUGUGGCUGCAAACACCAGCUGAGAGAUCCCGGCAGCCUCCAGGUUUGGGGCUGCAAGCAGGAGCCAGGCCCAGAGGCUACGGCCCUUUAGAGACAGCCAUCGCCCUCCCGGUACCGGUACCCGCAGUAGCGUGA